AUGCAUAUAAAAAUAUCGACCGAUUUCGCCAUUCAAAAUCUCCAUUGUACGACCAUGAUUCGACCUUUGUUGAGGUUGUGCGGACAAAGGACGGCGGCGACACCGUUUGUGUCGUUUUUCCGCCCGCCAAAAAAGCCGUUGUCCGGCAUCUCGUUCGCUCGGCAUUACUCUCCCACCAAAAAACCACCUUCAGAGGUACCAACACCCACGCCAGGCAACUAUCUGGUGCCCAUCACGGGGCCACCAGGAGACACGCCACGUGACACAGACCUGCUGAUCAAGUCGCUCACCCACAAGUCGCUGCUGCCCGAGAACAACCUGGUGCGGUGUACGGUAUUCGACAGCGACGGAAACGUGACGGUUGCUUCCGGCGAGUUCAAGCGGACAGAGCUGCUGAAUAAGCACGGUUUGCUACCUCGAGAUUUGCGAAAGCUCGACACCGGAGUCAAUUCCAUUGUCCCUACGAUUCUUGUGCGAGACAACUCGAUUCUCAUCAACUUGCUGCAUAUUCGGGCUCUGAUCAAGGCGGACAAGGUGCUUUUGUUCGACGUGUUUGGCAGCACGGACUCCAAAACCCAGUCGCUCUUCAUGUACGACCUGGGCCACAAGCUCAAAAAGUCCAAUAAGACCAUGGGAUCUCUUCCUUACGAAAUGCGGGCGCUGGAGGCGAUUUUCAUUUCCGUGAUUGCAGCUUUGGACGCUGAAAUGAAGGUGCAUACCACGGUCAUUAACGGAAUCCUGUCUGAGUUGGAGCAGGAUAUUGAUCGAGAGAAGCUGCGACAUUUGCUGAUUCAAUCGAAGAAGCUGAGUGCGUUUCUGCAGAAGGCUACAUUGAUUCGAGAUGUGAUUGACGAGCUCCUCGACACAGACGAGGAUCUGGCUGGUCUUUAUCUGACCGAAAAGAAGGCAGGUCAUCCCCGAGCCAUUGAUGAUCAUUCCGAGGUGGAAAUGUUGCUGGAAACCUACUACAAGCACUGUGACGAGAUUGUUCAAACCGUGGGUAACCUCGUUUCUAACAUCCGAAACACAGAGGAGAUUGUCAACAUCAUUCUGGACGCCAACCGAAACGCCCUGAUGCAUCUGGAUCUCAAGUUCCAGAUUGGAGCCCUAGGUCUGGCUGGAGGAACGUUCAUUGCGUCGUUGUACGGCAUGAACUUGAAGAACUUCAUCGAGGAGAGCUACUGGGGCUUUUUGGGUGUCACUGGCGUGGCGUCCCUGUUGACCGUAUGGAUCAUUGCUCACUUUUUAAAGUCGCUGAGGCAGGUUCAGAGAGUAACCAUGACCAGCGACAAGAAGAAGGCGAUGAAGAAGAAGGACACUGUCGCGGAGAAGAGGAGGAACCACUUGAGGAAUUGGCUGACCAAGUAA